AUGAAUGAAGGGUUGGAAAACAAGGUGGAACUAGCAUCUACAGAAAUACUCCAACCUCAAAGUGUUAUGGUGAAAAGGCAGAUACUGUAGUUCAGGGGUGCCCGAAACGUAGAUCCCCAGACGUUGUAGAACUACAACUCCCAUGUUGCUUUGAAUGCCUUUGCAUGCCUGUUGAAUGACAAAGCAUCAUGGAAGCUGUAGUUUUAAAGCAUCCGUGGAGCUACCCUUUUGGGCAUCCCUGCUGUAGAAUGUUAGGGAAGGUGUGCCCCAGUCAAACUACUAACAAUUAGACUUACUUCCUCCCUUCCUGAAGAAGGAUGGCACUACAAUGAUUAUAGUUUUCAGAUAGGGGGCUUUAUUCCAUAAACCAUGAAUUAUGGAGAAGGAAAUUGCAGAUUUCAGGCUAAUGUAGCUGAGCUGGAAAACCAUCCAUCUUGGCUAUUUUGACUUAUUUUGUCAAUUCUGCUGGCUGGCUGGCUGAGUUGCAGCAUACACCUCUUAGAGAAUGGUAACUCUCUGCCCUGCACUGCUGGACUGCAGAGUGUUACAUUAAACAGAUUUAUUGGGAAGUUUUCCAAGUCAGGAAAUUAAUGUCCAAGCCUUUACCUGAGCAAAUAAACUUCAAAGUUCAUUUCUCUUUGAUUCAGCAAGAAUUCAUAUUCCAUUUUUAAUUUCCCUCAAUCAAAAACUGUGAAAAGACAUUUUUAAAGAGAAUACUAGAUUCAAGCAACACACAGUUUCCUGUCAACAUCUAAGCGGAUAUCAAAUUUCAGAGACAUCCUGUUUUUUUAAUUCCCCGUUAAAGAGGAGCGAUAAUUUUAUAUGCUCAACUAUUAGAGACGAUACACUGCUGUGAUAUUGUAGAACUAAAUAAAAUUGACAGGAUGAUAUGAUGUCUGAGGAAUAGAAAAGGAGAGAGAAAUGUGGGUUUUGGACACAAAAACAUGAUUGAAGUUGCCACUUUAACAAAAACUAAACUCAGAAGGUUAUUUAAAAACAAAAUAUAUUAUUUAUGGAUUAUGCAGUAAAAAAAAAAAUCAAUAGACAACAUAACAGGAUAAAUAUCAAGUUGUAUAUGGGAUAGAAAUCAGUGAGUAACAUAAAUCAAUUCCGAGAGAAGGUUAAUUUGUUACAUUGAAAGAACCAAAUCAUGUGUUUUGUUUUGUUUAUUUUUGCCAAAUAGUGGCAAUCUUUAUAUGCAGUGGUGACCUGGUCAGCAGAAACAAUGGACGUCUGACUUAUUUCCUGUGCCUUUCUGUUUAAACCCACCUUUGAUCAUGCUGAUAUAAAAAAAUAUUACAACUACAGUAGAGUUUAAAGCCACUGCAUAUAAAGAUUGCCACUAUUUGGAGUAAAGGUCUUCUGGUCUGAGUGUUGUGGGGGUUACUCCCUAUUAAUUGGAGCUUUUCUUACCCAGAGCCAGAGUGCAACCCACAUAUGUGUGUAUUAAUAAUUUUAUAUCUGUAAUAAGGAUAAUCUGCACUAGAUUGUGUUUAUUUUUUUUACAGAAUUCCUUUUGACCAUUGGAUUUCGGCAAAGUGCCUACAGGGUCCCUUUAAUAAAGCAUUUUUAAAAAUUUCUUUAUUUACAAAUACAGGCAGACAAGUAGUACGUGCAAUGACAAAGAAUAGCAAUAUUACCAUUGACAUGAUUAUGACAUAUGAUAUCAAAUAUGGUAUUGACAUACCAAAGGAAUAAGACUGUUAUACCUGUAUGUAUAUAGUAAAUUAAAAGAUAUUUUAACAAUGAUUAUGAAUCAUGUAUCACUGUUACUCUUUGAUUUAUGAAUUAUGCCCCUGCAGCAUCGCUUCUCAAUUCUCUGCCAUGUACAAUAUAAAUCACUUUGGUUAUGCAUGCCAUGCCUGUGACUUACACAGCCUUCCUAAACACUUCCUUUAAAGAGAGAUCUAAUGUUUAAACUUCCUUUAUUGCACAGUGAUUUUAACCCUGCAAUGUAAAUAUUAAAAGGACAGGGACACCGCACCCAGACCACCUCACUGAGAUGGUGACUACACCUUUAAUCCCUGCAUCAAUGCACUUAUCUCAGGCAAGGAGUUUCUAGGUCGCUGUUAGAAGUAGUGGUUGCGGGGUGCUGCCCGGGCAGUUCCCAGGUAAGAAGUCAAACCAUUCUAAAAUAAUUUGACUACUUACUAUGGCGGAGCAACAGCACACUCCUGACACUAUAACCACUACAUUGUGCUCUAGUAGUAAUUGUCCUUUAAGAAAAUAAUUUUUUAAAAUGUAAUUAAUUUGGCCUAAAAAUUUAAUUCCUUUGAUAAUAUCUGACACUUCCCAGUUUAGUAAAUAACUCUAAAUAACUGUAAUAAACUCAAAGCAAACUCUAUGCUCUUUAAUUUUGAUUGAAUAAUUGAUGCAUUAUCAUUUAACUGCUGUCAGGAAUAAGUGCUUACUAUAUAACUAAUUUUAUGUGUUAUGAUUUAACAACAUUAAGAGUUUCCUGGAAGCUUUUUAAUGGUUGCUGAAAUUAAGUUUUGCUAUACCAUUUGCAUUUUCAGUUUACCUGAUCUCUUGGUGAUUGGAUUUCUAUAUACAUUUGACAUUUCUCUUAGUGUAUAGUCCACACACUGUUAGAUCAAACUAAACCAAAGACUUUGGAACUAAAGACUUUGAUAGGCCAAAUAAUUUGAAGCUUUGUAUAUAGGAAGAUAAACAGGACAGGCUAGGGAAUGGAAGCUUUAUUUUUUUGUCUCCCUCUGCAUACCCCCAACAAUUUUUUUGUUGGUUAAAUUACACACACAUGCUCACAUUUAUAUUUACACAUACAAAAAAUUAAUGGAAACACAGACGCACCCAUGGACGCACAGACUCAAUGUACUGGUUGCUCUGGUUAGAGGGGAUGAUCUGUGCACCCUCCUGCUGCCUGUCACAAGGGUUGGACCGCUACCCCUUCCAAUUAGUAAGAUUUUGCCCCCAUGUUAACCUGCCUGGUUAGUGCUUCCAUGUAAUACUAUAUACAGCUGUGCUUAAAAGUUUGCAUUUGGAGAAUUGAUAAUAUAUGUACCAUUUUUAAAGAAAACAUGAGUGAGCAGGCAAAACACAUUUCUUUUAUUUUGUUAUCAGAUUCAUAUUCAACUGUAGGUCAUAAUAGAAUGGCACAAUCAUAAAACAAAACAUGGCAUCAAAGAAAAAAAUGAAAUGACACUUGUUCAAAAUUCUGCAUACCCUUAGUUCUUAAUACGGUGUACUGCCCCCUUAAGCCUCAAUGACAGCUUGCAGUCUUUUGUAAUUCUUGCAGGUAGUAUAGCUAAACAUUCGUCUUGGCAAGAUACCUCCAGGUCAUGCAAAGUCUUUGGUCGUCUUGGAUGAACCGCACAGAUCACCUCAGAGUGUCUCAAUAAUAUUAAGGUCAAGAGAUUGUGAUGGCCACUCCAGAACCUUCACCUUUUUCUGCUGUAACCACUAAAAAGGUUAACUUGGACUUGUACUUAGGAUCAUUGUUAUGCUGGAAAGUCUAAGAGCGUCCCAUGCGCAGCCUUCGUGCAGAAGAAUGCAAAUUGUCUGCCAGUAUUUUCUGAUAACAUGCUGCAUUCAACUUGCCAUAAAUUUUCACAAGAUUCCCCAUGCCUACAGAGCUCACACACACCCAAAACAUCAGUGAGCCACCACCAUGCUUUACAGUCGGGAUGGUAUUCUUUUCACUAGAGGACUUGUUAACCUCUCUUCAAACAUAGUGCUUAUGGUUGUGACCAUAAAGUUCUAUUUUGGUCUCAUCACUCCAAAUUACAGUGUGCAGGAAGCUAAUUGUAACCAGGCUUUUUUGUAGCAUUGGCGCAGCAAAGGCUUCUUUCUGGCAACUCAACCAUGCAGCUCAUUUUUGUUCAAGUAUCAUUGUAUUGUGCUCCUUGAAACAACCACACAGUCUUUUUCCAGAGAAGCCUGUAUUUCUCCUGAGGUUACCUGUGUUUUUUUUUUCUUUGUAUCCCAAACAAUUUUUCUGGCAGGUGUGGCUGAAAUCUUUCUUGGUCUUCCUGACCUUGGCUUAGCAUCAAGAGAUCCUAGAAUUUCCCACUUUUUAAUAAGUGAUUGGACAGUACUGACUGGCAUUUCAAGGAUUUGAGUAUCUUUUUAUAUUAUUUUCCAUCUUUUUAUAAAGUUCCAUUACCUUGUUUUUGACAGUUCUUUUCUGCUCCCUGUGGCUCAGUAUCUAGCCUGAUCAGUGCAUCCACGUGAGAGCUAACAAACUCAUUGACUGUUUAUACACAGACACUAAUUGCAAUGUAAAAAGCCACAGGUGUAGGAAAUGAGCCUUUAAUUGCAAUUUUAACCUGUGUGUUACCUUGUGUGUCUGUAACAAUGCCAAACUUUCAAGGGUAUGUAAACUUUUGAUCAGGGCCAUUUGGGUGAUUUCUGUUAUCAUUAUGAAUUAAAAAUUAGCCAAACAACUAUGUGAUAAAAAAAAGGGCUUCAUAUGAUCACUAUCCUUCAAUAAAAAUUUUUUUUGCAUGCUUUGUCAUAUUUUCAAAAUCAAUGCCAAAAUGUCAUGAUUUCUGCCAGGUUAUGCAAACAUUUGAGCACAACUGUAAUAUACCUUAUAUUCUACACUAUAUAUACAACUUUCCUGCUUACUUCUCUAUUCGGUAGCUAGUGUGACGAGAUUGCAUUGAAUACCUGGCUGUGCAGAAUAAGCUUGUUUCCAGCAAUGAUUUCUUUGAGAUCCCAGUGUGCAUCUGCAGCAUUCUGUUCAUGGGUAGACAGGGAGAAAACAUAACCUUAUUGAGCUAUAUUGAGCUGUAUAUAUCAUCUUACUCGCACAUGAAUCAGGAAAUCAACCAAUGGGGUGACUGCAGGCCGACUGCCAUGCACACAAAGAACGAGAACCAAUAGACAUUACAAGGUACUAGCAAGCCUGGGCAGCCAUCAGCAAGGAUGAACAAACUGGGUUAACUGAGCAAGUAGCUGAGACCCAUCAAGGUGAGGUGACCCUUCCAUAAGUUACGAUUCUGAAACAAUACUGGCACCCUCUAUUGCUCAACACUCACAUACUGCUAAUUUCAAAUCAUUGUCUGGGGUACUUGUAUAAUUUGCAAAGACUCCUUACGGUUACUGCUCCAGUCCAGUGGUCAUGGGGUGCAGGGGAAGGUAAGUUAUACUUACCUGAACCUGUCUGUUAAGGCCGCCUUUAUUGUUUUUGUGCUUGUCCUCUUUGUUGUUUCAGUUGUCAGGAGCCCACGUGAGGUCUAUUAGAAUCCUGCGAGACCGUGGGAUCCCCCAUAGACAGAGCCUCUUUCCCUACAUCCAUCGCUAGUGCCAGCUGGGGAAAUUACAAAACUUGAUGGCAAUAGGUCUGCCUUUUGUUAAAGUUUUGUCAAGUGUAGGAAAUAUACUAAGACAAAGUACUCCCUACUUUGUCUAAUUAUAUUGUCUGAAUUGGUUGGAAUUUCAGUGACAUUCCAACACAGUCAAUGUGAAUAUAUCAUAAAGAGUUUACCGUUAUGAAAUACUUGUUUUGGAGGGGGGUGACUGUGCUUCUUUUAGAUAUGCUUGCUCUUUAAAAUUUUAUCUGAGGCCAGCUGUCCAAUGCACAUUCAUUGAUGGGCUUCUCACAUUUGUAGGGCGGUUUGCUGAGCCUAUGAGAAAACAGUCCACAUUUGCGAUCCAUUCUUUUUACGAGCUAAUUAUAACUAAUCUUGCUGCAACUGGCGCGAAAAUGAUCACAACAUUCAGAUACUAUGAUACACCACUCCCGCUACUAAACAGUCACUUGCUAUAUUUAACUUGCACGAGGGCCAGUUUACAGUUUUAGAAACAGUUUUCUUACAGUCAAAACAACUUGAAUUACAGCUGUGACACUGAAGACAACACAUAAGGAAAGCCGAGGGUGAAGACUUUAAAGUGAAGUAUAGGCAAUUUGGAGGAGAUAAAUAUCUAACAGCCGGUGAAUGUAAUUCAAGAGUAGCCUAGAUCUACUCUUAUAGCCCAUUAAUGGCAGGUGUGAAUGCAUAUUAUUGCUGAUUAGAAAAAAAAAAACAUUUUAUAAGCAUUCAUCAGGCAGGACAAACAUGCUUCUAAUUGUUUAGCCUCUCAUUCUUCCAGGGAGAUUUUGCCACAGCUCUGUAGUAACCUCAGAAAGCUGAAAAAGAUUGACCUGUUUUAGUGUUUAAUUCCUUCAGUCUGCCUUAAAGAGCCUGCAUUCUUGUUUUCUGUCGCUUCCUUCUUUUCGACACAUUAUCAUGGGAACGUAAGUGCACCUACAGUCUUCUACAUAGCUUACCUACAGGACAAAUAAGCAUUGGGACACUGUAAGCAGCGUAACUACUACAGCUCAUUAUAGUAGUUAUGCUACUAUAAAUAUUUGGUUGCAGUUAUCGGCCCCCCUUCCCCCUGACUUUAUUUAAGUUUUGUAUAGUAUCAUUCUAUAUUAAAUAUAUACAAACAUAUGGUCCCCUCCCUACCUGUCACUCCAUUCUAGCCAUAGAGCAAUACUGAGAGCAAAGACCUCAAUGUGAAGAAUUGAGUGACAUGUUCAUGUAGCUGUUUUGGAUUCUGUGACUACUAUAAAAGAUGUCAUCUUAGCAUGGCAAAUUUUGCAAACUUUUAGUUUCAAUGCAACACUGUCACUGCCAUCCAAAAUGAGUAUUUCAUAAAGAUAAAAUCACUGAAAUGCCAAACCAGUCAAAAAAAGAAGUAGGAAGUACUUUGUCUUUGUAUAAUUCCUGUUCUUGACAACCUUGACAAAAGGCAGUGCUACAUAGAAACAUAGAAUGUGACGGCAGAUAAGAACCAUUCGGCCCAUCUAGUCUGCCCAAUUUUCUAAAUACUUUCAUUAGUCCCUGGCCUUAUCUUCUAUUUAGGAUACCCUUAUGCAUAUCCCACGCAUGCUUAAACUCCUUUACUGCAUUAACCUCUACCACUUCAGCUGGAAGGCUAUUCCAUGCAUCCACUACCCUCUUAGUUAUUACUUUUAAACCUUUUGUCCCUCUAAUUUAAGACUAUGUCCUCUUGUAGUGGUAAUUUUUCUUCUUUUAAACAUAGUCUCCUCUUUUACUGUGUUGAUUCCCUUUAUGUAUAUAAAUGUUUCUAUCUUAUCCCCCCAGUCUCAUUUUUCCUCCAAGCUAUACAUCAAGCAUGUCAAACUCAAAGGCUAGCACGGGCCAAAUAAACAAUGUUUUAAGUUUAUGUGGGCCGCAAAAAAAAAAAAAAAAAAAACCUUAAAUUUUCAUUGAAACGUAGGUUUAUUUUGAAAAGUACAGUAUGAAAAAAAAAAAACAGCACCCCCUCUUCUACUCUUCUAAAUCCCAGCACACUCCUCUACUAAACUCCAGUCCCCCCUUCUAUACUAAAUCCCAGUCCCCCCUCUCUACUAAAUCCCAGUCCUACCUCUAUACUAAAUCCCAGUCCCCCUCUAUACUAAACCCCAGCCACUGUUUAAAAAAAAAAAUACCAACACUAGCCAACAAGCAGGCUCCACUCACAUUGACUCCGGAGUCCAGCCUCUGGUAUACUCCAAAUGGCGCCGUCCGCACGCUGUGCCAAUGCGGAUCCUCCCGCUACUCCUUGAAACCCUGUGAUGGGUUUGUUUCUAUGUUACUAUGUUAAGGUGGAGCACGUUGACGUCACGUCUGAAUGUGACGUGGCGUUGCGUGCCUCUGUGCACCUCCAGGUCCUCCACUGUCCAGCCACGGCCAUCGCAACACUGACCAACACACACUCACCUGCGUACAAACACUCUGACAGACCCACACACUGACAGACCCACACUAACUGACAGACAUACACACACACUGACAGACAAACACUUACUGACACUGACAGACACACACACACACUGAUAGACACAUUGACCAACACACACUCACUGACAUAUACACGCACACACUCACUCACUCACAGGCACACACACACUGACAGACACACAUUUACACAUUCUUGCACACAAUCACAAAUCAUUUUAUUUAUGGUUCCCUGCCUUUGGGAGCUUGUAUGGGGCCUCUCCCUUGGGUCUCCCUUCCUGCUUCUCACUGCUCCCACACGCGCGCAGUUUAGCGAUGCCGGCCCAGAAUUACGUCAUAUUCCGGCACCUGGCAUCACUACAGAGGACGCGUGCCGUCAGCAACCUCUCCCCCCGGCCGCGUAAGUUUUAGCAGAGUAGGCACCUGCAAUGUGGGGAAAGCAGGCGCCUACUCUGCCUUAACAUGACAAACUCGCAGCUCGCUGGGAUACAAAGAUAUUCAUUGUGGGCCGCAUGCGGCACGCGUGAUGCAGGUUUGACAUGCUUGCUAUUCAUGUUAAGAUGAUCCUUCAAUCUUUCCUUGUAAGUUAUAUCCUGCAAUCCAUAAACCAGUUUAGUAGCCCUUCUUUGAACUCUCUCUAAAGCAGGGGUAGUCAACCUUUUAAUACUUACCGUCCACUUUUGUAUCGUUCUUGAUGGUAAAAUUUCCUUACCGCACACCAGUGCAAUUUUAUAGCGCAAGUAAUUUAAAAAAAAAAAAAAAGUACUUAAAUGUACCUAUUUUUUCAUUUUUUUUCUAUAUUCUAUUCUACUUCUUUUUCUAUGUGUGUCUAUGAGGUGCUGUGUGUGUGAAGGGUGUAGUGUGUGUGUGUGUGUGUGUGUGUGUGUGAAAGAGAGGUGCAGUGUUUUUGACGGAGGCAGUGUGUGUGAGGGAGGCAGCAUGUCUGUGUAGGGUGCUGUAUGUGGGUGAGCGGUGCAGUGUGUGUGUGAGGGGUGCAGUGUAGUGUGUGUGAAGGGUGCUGUGUGUGAGGGUUGCUGUGCGUGUUUGAAGGGUGCUGUGCAUGUGUGAAGGGUGCUGUGAAUGUGUGAGGGGGCAGUGUGCGUGAGGGAUGGUGUGUGCGUGUGAAGGGGGAGGCUGUGUGUGUGUUUGAGGAGUGGAGUGUUUGUGAGGGGGAAGUGGUGUGUGAGGUGGGCAGUAUGUGAAGGGGGCUGUGUUUGUGAGGGGGCAAUCUGUGGGUGUGUGGGGUGUGCAGUGUGUGUGAGGGUGGCAAUGUAUAUGUGUGAGGGGUGUAAAGUGUGUGUGGGGGCAGUCUGUGUGUGUGUGAGGGGUGUAGUGUGGAUUUGUGUGUGAAGGGUGCAUAGGGUCUAUGCUGUGUGUAGGUGGGUGAGACGUGGAAAUCUAAUGAAAGGAUCCCUACUGCCGGCCUUGGUCCACGGCCAUCGAAGCCCACUGGAUGUUUUCUGCAGAACCCACCACCGCCCACCUGAAAUCCCAAACCGCCCACUAGUGGGUGGUAGGGACCAGGUUGACUACCACUGCUCUAAAGUAUCAAUAUCCUUCUGGAGAUACGGUCUCCAGUACUGCGUACAAUCCUCCAAGUGAGGUCUCACCAGUGCUCUGUACAACGGCAUGAGCACUUCCCUCUUUCUACAUCUUGUCAAGACCUCAGUUGUCACAAGUGAUGGCUGAGGAGAAAAAUUCCAGGAACGGAAACGGUUUGGCAGGAAGAAGACGGCGGAAGGUGUGAGGGACAGGUUCAAGUAAGCAUAACUCACCUUCCUCUGCAUCCCUCGACCACUGCCAGCGCAGCAGCCACCGUUGGAGGUCUUUUCACUCCUUGCAAAAUUUGAUUUAUUAUUUCUAAAAAUUAAGUCUGCUGUCCUGAUGAUGCCAGAAAUACCCUGGACAAGUUUACCAGAAAUUGAUCAAAAUGUUUAACAACUAUUUGCCCUCUUACCUGGGUCUCUGCGGCUACUUUAUCCCUGAUGACGCGCAUCCAUCUCCUGCAGAACUGCUGCAGCCGAUUCAGUCGCCAUUCAUUUGCUAAGAGCCUCAGUUGACCUCAUUCAGCUAAUGACUGGCACACUGUAUAUGAAAAUUUGAACAGAAUUGAUAUUGUUCUCUCUUGACUCUUGUUCCAUGCUGGCUAAUGAUGCCCCGAUGACGCCGCCACUGGUCGAUUUACACCCCCGGCCAAAACGGGGUUAAACUCGGUUAUGUGCGGCUUUUCAUACUGAAACACUGCGCGUACACACUACAAACAUGGGAAAAGAUGUACAUAGAAAAAAAAAAAAACCUGAGAAAAAUAUACUUGGAUUCAACAACAACAAAAAACCACAACAAACAAAAUGCAGGACCCAGUGCAGCAAAAAUCUCACAUGUCACACAUAAUACUUUCUAUGUUUUCUUAAAAUCCUCCACAAUAAACCUCUCCUCUUUCUAUUUUAGAGAAAAUGUUUUAGUGAACUUUUACACAAAAAUAUGCUAGUUCAGUAAGUCAUGGCAAGUUAUGUAAACUCAACUUGUUUUAUACACAGGGCAGGGUUAUGCCUUACAUGUUGCCAUUCACAAUAUGGCGGCACAAGGCGGAGCGGAGUGCCACGUGAUGGGGACUUGACUCGUCCUCCCUGUGUUUGCCAAGUCCAAGAUGGCGCCCUCCAGAAUUGCUGCUUAUAUUUUUCCGGGAGUAUUUUGUUGCUUAUUCUUCGGCUGUUUUGUGGCCGCUGAUGAUAGCUUAAUAAAGUGCGACGAGCUGCGAAUGGGACAAUAUCCUUUUGAGUUCAAUGCUGGGAUUGGGGGCAUAACAGGGUUUAUAUAGUCAUUCAGUAUAUCAAUUAAUUAAUUGUGUUUUAUAUGAUUUUAUAAAUGUAAUAGGGGAAUGCAUGGCUUGUUUAAUCUAGUGGUUAUACACAAAUGCUUACUCCAGGGAUCUAAUCUGUAAAAUCUCCAAAACGGCAUGUUUUUUGUAAGCAUCCCUAAAUAAAGAGUGAUAUGCCCCCAGCCCAGUUUUUAUAGAUCUUGUUGAAUUUGAUUUUGUUUAUGAUGUUUAGAUUCUCUGACGGAUUUAAUUUAAUGAGUUAUGUUAUUAACAGGUUCACAACACUUGUCAUUUGUGUGUGUGUGUGUGUGUAUUUUAUAUUAUGGUGCAUUGCAGCAAAUUGAUAAACCUGUGUAGCGUUUCCACCUUUUGUAGCCUGUUUCAAACCAAACAUCACAUUGAUCAAAAUAGGAUGUUGAUCAAUACUUUUCCCAAAUAUAUCCUGUCUGAAAGUAUACAUUCUUAUCUUUUGCUAGUGGUGCAGUCAAUAAGGACCACAAAAUAAUAAUAAUUAAAGCACUUUUACUAAUUUUACUUAGUGUUUUGAAUUUAGUAUAAUAUUUGGACUUCCAGCUAUUAAACUUUUAACUUCUUAAAGGACCACUAUAGGCACCCAGACCACUUCAGUUUAAUGAAGUGGUCUGGGUGCCAAGUCACUCUAGUUUUACCCUGCAGCUGUAACACUGCAAGAUUAAUCCAGCCUCUAGUGGCUGUCUCCCUGACAGCCAUUAGAGGCCGCUUCCACGAUUUACACUGAGUAAAUUGCACUUGUGUGACACUGGAUGUGCUCAAGGAGUCUAGCGUCAAACUAGAUCUCCAUAGGAAAGCAUUGAGUAAUGCUUUCUUAUUGGCGGGUUUGAAAGUGUGCACCUCUGGCUGCGCAUGCACAUUCGGCUCCACUUGGGAGCUGAUGUUAGCAGGGGAGGAGAGGUCACCAGCACUGAGGGAGCCCGGCAUUGGAUUAAUGCAAGUGGCUGAAGGGAGGGGGGCACUCCAUGAGCCUAUAGUGCCAGGAAAACGGGUUUGUUUUCCUAGUACUACAGGAUCCCUUUAAAUUUUCUGCCUCACAGGUGUCCUAAAUAGUUUUGAAACAAGAAGGAAGGUUAUGUUCUGUUAAAAGUACAUUCUUAGUAGUUGCAGACCCGUUCUUUCUUUCUUUCUUUCUUUCUUUAUUAUAAUGCAUUAAGAUCCAAAAAUGAAAACUAUGAAUUAAAAAUGAUGAUUUUAAAAAAUAAAUUCCUAAAUUUGCUGCAAAUUCACUGGUUUUAUCGAGCCAUAAAGUGACGUGGCUGCCUUAACCAGAAAGUGACGUACAGCUCAGGUGAAUUUAUUUUAUGCCUCCCUGGUUUGCCUUUUAAAGUUUGUAGUUCCUAUACAAGCUUAAAUGCAAUUUAAGUUGUCCAGCUUUUAUUGGUUUACUAGUUUUGUGCCAGUGGAGGAAAUAACAAUACCAAAACUUUUCAAAAUGUCCAAGGACUUGUUUAGGAACCACUCUAUUUGGCCUUUGCAAUUUCACAUAUUUCCAAUAUCUAUGUACAAUUUGUAAAUAUUUAUUUUCCUUAAUUUCUGACACAUAUGUCUGUGCAAGCCCUGAAAUUAACCCUGUAACUCAGGAACCUGCUCGGUGUGCAAACUCUACAGCUUAUGGUGAGAUGUUCAAAACUAUAUUAUUUACUAGAUAUGUUUGUGUAUUUCAGUGUCGGACAUAUUGCUUGUUAUGCAUAAACUUUCAUGACUUGGCAUACCAAAGAUUUGCCCAUUCCCUGGUCAUUAAGUUAAUAAAAAUAAAUUAAAUUCUGCGGCAAAAUAUAGAAUUCACCGUGGAAACCAACGUUAAUGCUUAGUGCACCACUGUUAGAAUUACGUACCAAAACGUACAUUUAUUUUUAUAACCACACCAUUGCUGAUUAGUUACACAGAUCCUCUAUAAGAACAGCUCUUUAUUCUAUUCUCUCAAAACGGUGAAUAGAAAAUAAAUUAUUACUUCCCAAUUUAAAGUUCUCUUUUCAUCCUUUAUGAAUCUUUAAAGUGUCUGUGCAAUCAAAAUAAUAGAACAAAUUUUGCCAUACGAUAUUAAACGGAGUGUGUAAAAAAACUUGUAAAAACCCACACUGUGAACCCAAAUACUAUUAGUUAAAAGGUGCACAACACGAAAGAUAUACUUGCACUCCUUAGUAGAUCAGAUCAAAUAAUCUACAAAACAGAACAGACACAAACUAGUGCAAUACAGCAAAUAGCAAAUAAAGCAAUCUAAAUGCUUAUAGGAAUAUCACUCACAAUUCUGGAGUGGUUAUAGUACCAGUCCGGACUAACAUGCUCAGGGAAGAUCAGACUCUGGAGAUCGUUGGAUCUCUCCACUACUUGGAUCCAACAAUCUCAAGGGUCUGAUCCUCCCUGAGCAUGUGAGUCCGGAGUGAUACUAUAACCACUCCAGAAUUGUGAAUGAUAUUCCUAUAAGAAUUUAUAUAGUCUUUUUUGCUCUUUUGCACUAGUUUGUGUCUGUUCUGUUUUGUAGAUUAUUUGAUCUGAUCUUCUAAGGAGUGCAAGUAUAUCUUUUUUAUGUUGUAAACCUUAUACCUAAUACUAUUUGGGUUCACAGUGUGUGUUCUUACAAGUGUUUUUCACACACUCCGUUUAAUAACAUAUGGUAAAAUUUGUUCUAUUAUUUUGAUUGCACAGACACUUAAAAAAUUCUUUGCACACCCACAUUUUCUAUUUUUAUUUUUUUUGCACUUUAUUUGGAAGGUUUCCUUGUGGGUUGCUGCAUGUUUAUAUUUCAGCUAAGAACAUCCUUAAGGUGAAAGCUUUCUUGACAACUGCAAAUUUGCACCAUUCUAAUUAUUGUGUCUUCUCCUUUAUGAAUCUCGCACACACACACACACACGCGCGCGCGCGCGCGCACACACACACACACACAAAAAUCAGAGUUAUUUCUGACCCUGUGCUUACAGCAUCAAAUUUCAAAUAACUACUAUGCCAGUCAUGUGGGUUUUGCCUAAAUGUGCUAUGUUCGUGUUUGUGUGGGGGUUUUUGGUUCUAUUUUUUUCAGUGUAUUUGCUUUUGUGUUUUUCAUAAUGUAAAUGUAUUUUUAACAAAACUAUUUUUUUCUGCAGCUCCUUGUUUUCCAGCAACCAAUAUUACUUGUAAAGACUUUGGUGGAAAUGUGACAACCUUUACUGGUAAAGAGAUAGGAUUUUAUAAACCUUUUCCCUGCCGCAAUGUGUAAGUAGUACUUCUUCUUUUUGGAACAUUUUAUUCCACUGUGCAAUAAGAACACAGAAUGUACUAUGGAAAAAAUUGAAGUUCCUGUGUUUCUUGCAAAUCCCCAACAUUUGUGGCUUCUUGCAGUGAACUCUACCCAGACCAGCAAGUAGCUGACACCUGCCAACCAGUCCUAGCCUUCUCAUUGUUUUCAGUGGGAGUGCUGAGUUUAUGGCAAAUGCAGUCCAACAAAUGACGUCUGUUACACUCAUCAGAAAAUGUUAAUGGAUCUACUGUCCAAACUAUAUCUGCUGCAGUGUUGUAUCUCCAUUGAUAUUUAAAGGAUCACUACAGGGUCAGGAACACAAACAUGUAGUCCUGACCCUAUAGUAUUAAAACCACAAACUUGCCCCCCUGAGCCCCUCAUGCCUCCCUAAAUAUAACAAAAUCUUACUGUAUUCAAGUCUGAAGCUGUAACUCUGCAUGCUGUUAGACUCAGAAAAACAAACAGUCUGCUGACAUCAGAAGUGGUGGCCUAAUCCAAUCACAGUGCUUCUCCAUAGGACUGGCUGAGACUGACAAAGAGGCAGAUCAGGGGCAGAGCCAGCAUGAUUCAAACACAGCCCUGGCCAAUCAGCAUCUCCUAAUAGAGAUGAAUUGAAUCAAUCUCUAUGAGGAAAGUUCAGUGUCUGCAUGCAGAGGGAGGAGAUACUGAAUGUUUGGAUGCAUUUUAGGCAGCCAUGACGCAGGAAGGAUCUCUAACAGCUAUCUGAGGAGUGGCCAGUGAAGUUAUCACUAGGCUGUAAUGUAAGCAGUGCAUUUUCUGAAAAGACAGUGUUUACAGCAAAAGGCCUGAUUGUAAUGAUUCCACUCACCAGAACAAAUUCAAUGAGCUGUAGUUGUUCUGGUGACUAUAGUGUCCCUUUAAUGAAUGCAACUUAAGAUGUGACUCUGGCUCCUUCAAAGGAAGCUGAUAUGGGGACUUUUAGAGGAGGUGUAUAGAGUGUUCCUCUCCAGCAUGUACACACUGUACAAAUGGGCUUGCUGAUAUUUAUUACAAGUAUGUUAAUCUUCUUGGCCAUUUUAUUUUACUAUUGUAUAAGAAGCUCUUUGGAAUCAUCCCUUCAUAGUCUGCUAAAAAUAUAAAGAAAAAUACAAACAAACAUCUAAUUUAUACAUGAGUAAUAAAUAUACGGUCAUCUGUACAGUUACUUGUACAGACCCUGUUUAAGGAGGUGAGGUUAAAGGACCACUAUAGGCACCCAGACCACUUCAGCUUAAUGAAGUGGUCUGGGUGCCAAGUCCACCUAGGGUUAACCCUUUUUUCUAUAAACAUAGCAGUUUCAGAGAAACUGCCAUGUUUAUAUUAGGGUUAAUCCAGCCUCUAGUGGCUGUCUCAUUGCCAGCCGCUAGAGGCGCUUGCGUGCUUCUCACUGUGAUUUUCACACUUAGAAGAUGCCAGCGUCCAUAGGAAAGCAUUGUGAAUGCUUUCCUAUGAGACUGGCUGAAUGCGCGCGCGGCUCUUGCCGCGCAUGCGCAUUCAGCCAGAGAGGAGGAGGAGAGCUCCCCGCCCGGCACUGGAGAAAGAGGUAAGUUUAACCCCUUCCUCACCCUAGAGCCCGACGGGAGGGGGACCCUGAGGGUGGGGGCACCCUCAGGGCACCAUAGUGCCAGGAAAAAAAGUAUGUUUUCCUGGCACUAUUAGUGGUCCUUUAAGGGAACACUCUGGGCACCGUGACAUCUUUAUCUCAAUAAAGUUAUGAUGCCAGGAGGACCUGGGUGCCAUCUUUUCUUAAUGGUUUAAAGCGUUUAUGAAUGGUUUAUCCCAAAUUUGUGAGGAUGCGGCACGUCUGCUCUGCCACAUUGUUUACAGUGUUGUCUGAGGCUUCAAUGAGUAAGCAUUGACCACGCUCAGCCUAUUAGUAGCUUCCUGUUCACAAAACUGUGUGACAAAGGUAUGCACCUUUCUUUAAUACAAAAACUCAAGUGGGGGGAGUGGAGCAGUCCUGAUGGUUUGAUACCAUUUCAAGAAUCUUUUAUGAGCUCAAAUAUAAGUCAUCUGGUUUUGUAUCACCACACUGUUCAUAGAAAUCUGUGUGAAGCAAACAUCUUCCCAAGGCCACAUUUUUAAAUCCUAGUAAUCCACAAAUAAAGCAUUAAGACAGAUUCAAACUUGAACUUGACCACAGUUAAACCAUUAACAAGAACUAUAUAAAGAUGUCAUGCAUAUUGAUACGUAUAUAUUUUUUGUCAAUAACUAAAGACCGUGAAUGUGAAAACAUGAAUUAUUCUUGGUAAUUUAGUUUUUUUGUAAAAUAACAUCAAAUGAUUCUCAUGUAUUCUGCUGACUGUGUCUGAUACCCUGGUUUAUUUAAAUACUUCUACAGAUAUGUAAAUGGAUUGUUUUAAUUAAAAACAAAAAAUAUAUAUUUUUUUUGUUGCAGAAAUGGCUAUUCCUAUAAAAUUGCGGUUGCCCUCUCUUUGUUUCUUGGAUGGUUGGGUGCUGACAGAUUCUAUCUUGGAUACCCUGCUCUGGGUGAGAGACUGAUCAAGUCUAGUAAUUUUAAAUAUUCUCUCUGUUCAGCUCAUACCUAUGGUUUAUUGUUUUGUUGGGCCCAUUCAAAUUUGCUUUGUUAAAGGACCACUCUAGGCACCCAGACCACUUCAGUUUAAUGAAGUGGUCUGGGUGCCAGGUCCCUCUAGGAUUAACCCUUUUUUUUUAUAAACAUAGUUUCAGAGAAACUGCUAUGUUUAUAAAUGGGUUAAUCCAGCCCUCAAAUCCUCUAGUCGCUGUCUCAUUGAAAGCCGCUAGAGGCGUUUGCGUGCUUCUCACUGUGAAAAUCACAGUGAGAAGACGCCAGCGUCCAUAGGAAAGCAUUAUAAAUGCUUUCCUAUGAGACUGGCUGAAUGCACGCGCAGCUCCUGCCGAAGAGGAGGAUCAGAGGUGGAGAGGAGGAGAAGAGCUCCCCGCCCGACGCUGGAAAAAAGGUAAGAUUUAACCCUUUCCUCUCCCCAGAGCCCGGCGGGAGGGGGACCCUGAGGGUGGGGGCAUGAGUAUGUUUUCCUGGCACUAUAGUGGUCCUUUAAUAUGGAUUCUGUAUUCCUUACCGUAAAUGACCGGUAGAGUAGAAAACCAAUUUUACUUGUAGCUUACCUAUUUAAAUUUGUUAUAUUAUUUGGUCUUGUCACCAAAACGGAUCAAUCCGCUAAAAUGUUGUAAAGAAUGCAGUAACUCUGCACAUAGAACAUAACUUGAUGUCAUUAAAGCGGCACUGUCAACCCCCCUCCCCUCCUGUAAAAUCAGUAUUUCAUAAAGAUAGAAAUCUUUAUGAAAUACUUAUUUUGUCUGUGUUGGAAUUACACUGAAAUUUAUGCCCAGUCAAUAAAUAUACUGAGACAAAGUAGGGACUACUUUGUCUCUGUAUAUUUCCUCAGCUUGACUUUCUUAAACUUUGGGCAGAGCUACAUUGUCAAUUUGGAUGUAGGGAAUUGGCUCUGUUUAUGGAGGACCGACCGGAACAAGAAGGCCGCGCCCGAGAGGGACAAGUUCGGGUAAGUAAAUCUCACCUUUACCUGGCGACUGGACCCCCAGUAGCAGUGCCGCUUUAAAUGCAUACGUUUAUUUACAUUCAAGAAGAAGUAAAGUACUGUAAGGCACAAACAGGGUUGAUGUGAUCUUUAGAGCCAGACAGAAAAUGUAUUCAACAAGAAAAUAUUUGCUGAAGUUACAGUUUCUUUCCUUUGGCACACAGGUAGCAUAGUUCCCCGUGCCAGCAGCAGUGAUAUGAGCUUACAACGGACUCCAUGACGGAGAAUAGAAGCUGUUGAUUAUAAUAGCUAUUAUGUAAUGUCUGAGAUGCUGGACUGUGCAUGCGGUGCAGACUGUCCUGUAUUUUGGGACUUGUAGCCUUACUGUAAUAAUUCCCAGCCAAUCAAUGUACAAACGACACUGGAAGUGUAUUUUCUGUUAUAUACAUGUGUGCUACCUGAGAACAUAUUUUUUUAAAUGUAUUUAUUUUUUUAGAACAACCCAAGCCCGCAGUGUCUAUUGGAGCCAAAUGUGCGCUUUUUAAACUGGAGAUGUGCAGUAUAUUCCUUUUAAAUGGACACUCCAGGAAAGUAGUUAUUUGUAGAGUGUAACAGACCGUUUUUCCCACAAGAAGUUAAAAACCGUUUAGGCGAUAUUCCCCUUUUUCAGCUGCACAGACAGCUACUGCACGCACCAAUCUCCCGAACUGCAAACCCACGAUUCACCAACUGCAACCAAGGGAAUACUCGAAACUCCCGAACUGCAUACCAAGUAGCACUCCAAACUCCCGAACUGGAGACACACGAAUAGCUGCUAGCAGACGAACAGGAAAAGCCCCCAAGCGGCUUACACUCCUGGCAAUCAGUCUCUAACAGCAUACAGUAAAUCCUCCCCCCCAAUAAUGAGACGACACUUCACUUUGAGGGUUAAGCAGGAACUGAUUUACUGGGGCUAACUGCCCGGCUUUUAUGCAGGUCUCCCACCUGGUGGACUCUCCCCUAGGGGACCAAAUGGGAGACUGGGACACAAAGGGUAAAAGGACCAAUCACAGACUUACACAUUUUAACCAUCCCACAAUGCAUCACAAUCCCUCCUCUCUGCCCUGGAGAUAAUUGGGAAGUAAUCCAAUUAUAUCCAAAGACACAGGCAAAACUCCAUUAACCACAUGGCAGAAAACAAACAGUAAAAGACAUAAAAUUACCUACAGUUACAUUCAGUACAUAAAACAUAUACGUUCUACAUAUCCCCAGAUAGCUCAGAUCUGAGCGCACAUUAUUACCGAAUGGCGCUCAGAUCACAUACAUACAGUUCAAUAGCCAUGGAGCCAAAGGCCUUCACAUAGUCUUUUCGUUACAUGAACAGGCUCCAUGGCUUAGCUAUCUGGGUGAUGCUGUUCAUCCGGUUAAACUACCGAAUGAACAGUCAUUCGGUUCCGCUCUCGAAUUGGAAGGGAAGGAGGCUGGCGGCUCAGUGGUGUUCGCGCAAUUAAGUGUCCGUUUUCAGUUCCAUAGUUUAGGCGCUGAACACCGCUGGCCGGCAACCGAACAAAGGCCUCCCAGCGUUCAUCAAUUAAGCUGCGGUUAACCGCAGCUUCUGGGCGGUCAAUUGACGGCACACUCCAAUUCCCAGGUGGUCCAUCGUUCGGUAGUUUGUUCGGUAGAUUGAAUCUACCGAACACCCUGGCAGAAAUGCAUGAAUAAACCUUUCAGCAGGGAAAAUAACAGGUCUGAACUGCAGGGCCAUAGUCUAAAGGGAGCAGGCGAGCAACCAAGCUUCUCCAGUGUACAGUGGCGAGGUUGGUUUUGCCACAUAGUUUUUUUGCAAAUUGCUGCAGUUAGAAUGACACUGUCACAGGGUGCAUUCUUAAUGACAGGAGGUAAAUAGGGGAAAUUCCAGUAGCUAAAAGGGCAGCGUUGCUCAUUAAAGAUGAGAAGAUGGUGGUGUGUCAGUAGAUUCAGGCACAAUUGUGCAAAGAAAGGGCAGAACUACAAGGUACCCCAUGCAGAAAUACUUGGCAUUGCCUGAGAUGCACAGUGAUUGUCUGUCAGAAAGUUCUAAGAGUGCUGGGACCUUAUUGCAUAACGGUUUAUUUGGUGGAUCUUUUCAUUGGUAUGGUUGCAGUGAGUUAAUUGAGAGAGGUCUCUCUUCUCUGACAAAUAUAAAACAAAACCUUCUUUUUUUUUUUUUUUAAACAGUUUGAUUAGUAUAUGGGUGACUCUCCCGCAACACUUUCCCAGUUGUGAAGCUAUCUCAGUACUAUCACAGAAACAUAGAAUGUGACGGCAGAUAACAACCAUUCGGCCCAUCUAGUCUGCCCAAUUUUCUAAAUACUUUCAUUAGUCCCUGGCCUUAUCUUAUAGUUAGAAUAGCCUGAUGCCUAUCCCACACAUGCUUAAACUCCUUUACUGUGUUAACCUCUACCACUUCAGCUGGAAGGCUAUUCCAUGCAUCCACUACCCUAUUCCACCAGUACAGAGACAAUUUGUUGGUGGUAUUAUAUUAUCGUAUAGUAUUGUUUUUGCCAAAUUACUAUUUAUAUCUGUACGUUUUAGGUCUGACAACUCCAGUUCUGGUAUUGUUGUACUCCAGUCAUUCGCUGUGUAUUGUGACGUUUAUUUCAAGCUAUGGAAAGCAUGAUACCACAUCCAAAAAUACUUUAGCUGUGUAUGCUGUGUAAAUUAGUUGCAAAUGUCUUUUUAUGUACAAAGUAAUUAGAUGAUGUCACUUUUGGAAUUUGCUCUUACAGUUAAACAGUCUGCUAGUCCUCAGACUUUAAGUGUGAUAGUAUUAACACUGAUCACAGCCUCAUAAACAACAUGAUGUAAAGGGUUUUUCCAGGACAUUGGAAGUUUAAAUGUAUCAUGUGUAUACUGUAUAAAACACACACAAAAAUGCUUAAAAUAAAUUCUACAGGACAGUAAUCUAUAUGAAGGCAGCAGUGAAAGUAAAAUAAAAAAAUCAAGCUGAUAUUUUCUGUCCGACGUCAAACAAGCAAAAUCUUAAUGUUUGCCCUUUCGAUAGUCCUCACUCAGGUCUCAAACAGGUUUCAUGCCAAUACAUAGAGAACUUUUACAUUUCUGACUAAUACAACCCAAAAGGGCAGUCUAGAUUCAAAAUGCUAGCAAAUUCUCUCUGCACAAGAGGAACAGCAAACCUCGAUGAUCAUUUUAGCCCUUAUUAUUAAUAUAACACGUGGCAAAAUUGAACCAUUCACUCCAAAAACAUCUGUAGCUUAUUAUAGUGGUCAUGGUGCUAGAAGGUAGUGGCUGCGAUCCCUCUAAAUUGUGGCAAAGCUUUUUCAAGAGAUUUGACAAAAAUUGGAGAAAUACUUGGCAACCAGAGCCCCAUCACAGCACUCAACUUAGUGUUUCUUUGAAAAAGGGUCACUUCCUUAUUAUGUGUUCAGGCAUUCUGAACGGGUCAGUGGCUGAUUGACCGUGCUCUCCUGUACUACACUGUUUAGAGUCUCCACUGCUCACACUGUGCAAGCACUUAGAUGGAAAAUGAGGAAAGGAAACUUGUAUUCCGACUUUGAAAGAUGGAGUGCGUAGGCUUUGGAUGCUAGGGAAUCCUCUAUUUUUUGCUGAACAUCUUAAAAAAGGGUUUGACGAAAAAUGGAGGGACUACACACUAUGUGGUACUUGAUGUGUACCUUUAAAAUUCAAUACAAUAACGCAUAAUACAUUUAUGAUAUGAGUGCCACUUUAAGGUUGUGAAGAUCCUGAGCAGAAAACAUCACCCAUAUCACUCUAGAGUCUAAUAUACAGUUUUUCUCAAAAGUGUUGACAGGAAAUUGUACGACUUGUAGUCUAUCAAAACUGGAGGAACAUAGUUGGCCACCCCUGCCACAGUACAAGUAUUUCUAAUCUUUAUUUGUUUUUCCACCUAGGAUUGCUGAAAUUCUGCACAGUUGGGUUUUGUGGUAUUGGAAGCCUGAUGGACUUCAUUCUAAUCUCCAUGCAGGUGAGGUAUAGGGUUGCAGCGAAAUUAUCACUCACUCCUAUAAUCUGGUAAUUGAAAUAUAAUUAUUUUAUUAUCCUUAUUUAAAGUGGAAGGCCAACUUGGCCUCAGAUUAAUGUAUAACUAAUAACAAGUAACAUUUUUACUUGAUCAUUCUGCCAAUAAAUUGCCUGCAUAAGGUCAGUUGUUGUUAUGACUAUUAAUUGAUCUUUUAAUAUUAUUAUAAUUAAUUCUUGAGAAGAAAAUACAAACGGUGUGUGUGUAUACAUAUUUAUAUUUACAUACAAGUAGUACAAUGUAUAUUUUCAUAAAAUGAAACAUUAUUGUAGAAAUUAAAUUGUUAGACAAAAAUCCAUACUGUCAGAUAAUUAGAAAGUGUGGUUGGAAAUCUCAUGUAAUUUAAUUUGUUUUAAGGGACACUAUAAUCACCAGAACUACAGCUUUUUGUAUUUGUUCUGGUGAGUAGAAUCAUUCCCUUAAGCCUUUUUGAAGUAAACACAGUUUUUUUUCAGAGAAAAUGCAUUGUUUUUAUUACAGCUUAGUGAUAACUCCACUGGCCACUCCUCAGAUGGCUACUAGAGGUGCUUCCUGGGGCAAUGCUACACACUGUGCAGCACUGCCAUUCAGUGUCUCCACCAUCUGCAUGGAAACACUGAACUUCUCUCUUAGAGAAGCAUUGAUCCAAUGCUUCUCCAUGAGGAGAUGAUAAUUGGCCAGGGCUGUGUUUGACUACCCCUGAUCUGCCUCCUUGAUCGUCUCAGCCAAUCCUAUGGGAGAGCAUUGUGAUUGGCUCACAUAAUCACUUCUGAUGAUGUCAGCUGACAGAAGGCAUUUCAGUGGCAGAGGCAGCAGCUGCAGACUCGAAUACAAGUAAUAUUUUACUAUAUUUAGGGAGGCAAGAGGAGGCUAGAUGGGGAUUUUAACACUAUAGGGUCAGGAAUACAUGUUUGUGUUCCUUUAAGGCAAACAAAGCAGAAGCAGAUAACAGUAGUGGAAUUCAUAGACACAAGGUCACACAAAUAAGUCUCAACUAAUAGAACUGAAAUACAAAAGGGACCAGUCAGGGUUAGUGGAAAAAGGAUUACUAAAAGAAAUAGAGAGGGGGAGGAGAGGGGUAAAAACUUUCCUUCUAUAAGUUAAGUCGCAGCCAACAUCUAGUUUGAACCCAAAUGUCGCCAUCAGCGAAGCCUAUAGACCUCGGGUAUUUUCUGAGAGGAGUUUAAUGUCUUUUCUUCGGAUGGUAAUUGAGGGGUGGUAACACAAGUGCACAGUAAAACCUGAUUUUUUUUUUUAUUCUCUACUAAAAAAUAUCACACUGCUAGUAGUCUUGGUUCUCUGAUUACAAGACCCCCUCUCACCCAAUUUUUUUUUUUUUUUAUUAUUAUUAUUUUAUUUUUUUUUUUAUUUUUUUUUUAAAAUAUGCACGUCCUGAUAUAACCAGAGCACUCAAUGGUUGAAAUGUGCAUAUUAAAAAAAAACAUUUAAAAAAAUUGUGGAAACAUGCAUGAUCUACAGUAAUAGCUCUUUAUUGUGUUUUUUAUUCUGUGUCAUAAUAGCCACAUUUAAAAUCUAAACUAAAGAUAAAAUCUUGUCUAUACACAUGCUAUCAAUUUGGCAGACACAGUGUAUCGCUAACAUGAAAUUCUAAAUAAGUUCACAUCAGGUUAAAGAUAUGAUUUUUAAGGAACAGUAUCUUGGUGGCAACAAAUGCAUCAAUAGGACACGGAGUACAUGUUUCAUGUAACUGCUGUACAAUCUUGAUUCAAAUAAUCUGGUUUAAUUUUCAUGCUUUCUUAAUCUGAAACAUUCUAUCCAAGCAGUACUCUGGAUCAGCGCCGCUGCUCUGAUGGCAUUUUUCAGCUUAAUAUAAUAAAGUACACAAUUUUGCCACCAAUGGGAUUUAUUCACUAAACCUGGAAAUUGUGGAGGAUUGGAAAGGGCAUUGCAUAUUUCAGGGUAAUAAAAUGAAUUGGAAAAGUAUUUUCCAACUCAAGCUAUAUUUCCAUCUCUGCUGGUUUGGAUUAAUAUUUGAAAUUACCUGAUACAUUGUCCAAGUUGUAAAGCCGUGAUUGCAAAUGUACACAUGCGGAUUGCAUUAAUAAGUGGUCAUUUUUGCCGUGACUCUGUUCCCUUACAUUCUUGCAAUUUAAGAGUGUUCCUUACACUUGAACAAUGAUGGAGUGUAGGGACACGCUAAGGGCUAAGAGGGUAAAAUUGGUCCUCGGCAGAAGAAACUGAAAUGAGACCUCUUAUGACAAGGCUUGUUUUCUACCUUUAGAACAAGAGCAAUUUUUAAAUAUUUGCAAUGUUUUUUUGUUCAAUCAUAAUUUUCCUUUUACUUAUAUGGUGCACAAACCCUUUUUUUUUUUUUUUUUAAAGUAAGGAGACAAGGUGGAGGAUUACUUGUACGAGGCUGUAAAAGUACAUUUGCUUUUACAAUCAUUAGAAUAUAAUGACAAAUUUCACAAAUUGCGGUUGGUAUGUGUUAUACAUAUCCGCCAAAAUAUGGAUCAGUAACACGUAGAAGAGUAGGUUAGCAACAUAACAGUAAUUAUGUGUCCACCUAUAAAGGAUGGGGCAGGGAUAUUAGAAAAGGAGGGGAGGGGGCAAGUACAUAUUUAUUUAUUAACGAUAUUGAAUGCUUUCUUUAUAUAUUCUAUACACCUGAUAACCCUUUACUUAGCAUGAGAUAAUAAAAGAAAAACAUUUUGUAGUCAACUAGUAUAGCUAAGAAAAUUAUGACAAUAGAUUCAUCCAUCUGUCCUGAUUUUGGGAAUAGCUCAUAUGAUUUGCUCAAUCCCAGUUCAUGUACCAAGAGUGUAUUUCAUCUCUAAAAGCUUUCAAAUUUUGAAAUGUUGGGUUCCAUGUUUAAUUAAAAUAGCUGCAAUUAAAGUGUCCAAUCACUGACAAAAUUUUCAGGUGAAAAUAUUUGUUUUUCUCACACUUGCAGGCACAUUACAAUUUUGUUACGAUAAAUAAGGUUGAUUUAAUUCACAUCACCAUAAACCUUUUACGUAUUUAAUUUAUUUUGCAGCAUAGUGAUGUACACUUUACUGCUUUGACUGUGCAGUACAAUGUACAAAGUAUACUAAAAUAAUGCAUUUUUGAUGUGGACAUGUCAUACACAAAUGGGUGCGAAGUAUCCUUUGCCCACCCGAUGUCACUGCACAACCCACUCGCCUGCGACAUAUUAUAGCUUGUUGCUGAAGACAAAAACUAAUGCGAUCUGUACAUGUGCUUGAAUUUUCGGUAAAACAACAUAGUAUUUUGUCCUCUUUACAGUACCUCCAUUUUAUUUUAUUCCCACCUCCCCCCCCAAGGACAAGUGUGCUUUAAACCUUUAAACUGAGACAAACAUUUUAGCUUGAAAACUGUUAUAAAUAUAUAUAUUUAUAUAUUUAAAAAAAGAGAGUUCUAAAUAGAAUGGUUGGGGUGAGGCUGGAUACUAACUCAGUAAAUCUUUGCAGAGUCGUACAUUAAAAUUGGUUAUUAAAUAUUUGCAUGGCUCUAAUUGCUUGUUGAAUUGCCAUAUCUCCUCUGCAUUUAAACUAGAAUACAGCCUGAAAAUUGAUCUGAACAUUUAAAAUGUGCAUUUUCUUUUCCUGUACGUUAAAAGCUACUUUAUCACUUUCUGGUUUAUUGCUGGCGCAGUGGAGAAUUCAUGGACAACACCACAAAUGUCUAGACUGUGUCAUAUGGUCAGAUUCACAGUAACUUAAUCACAAUUAAAGGAACCUUUGUUUUGAAUGGACUUGUUACGUUGAGUUUUGGGUAUUUUGUGCAGUGGUUCAGUGCUAGAUUUUCUAAAGCAAUAUCAGAAUGAACUUGCUUUAGAAAUAUUUGCAUUGUGUAAUUUCUAACUAAGCUCCUUGCUGCACAAUAGGGGGAUAUCAAAAUUGUAUGGUCCAUUAAGCACUUUAGAAACCAACUGAUAGCAUGGGUCCAUUAUUUUAUUUUAGUUGAAUUUAUGUGAUUGUAAAGUCUAUAGAGAACAGACACACUGUUAUAAGAUAUAAAUAGUACAUGGACUUAUCUUCCUGCUUAUAGUACUGCAGUUAGUAAGAGAAACAGGUUAAAUAUGGAUCGAUCUGUUAGUAGAUGAAAUGCUUGGUUGACAUGAUACACUUGUUGACAUUUGUGAUUUCUCCGACUGUGGUUCUCCCCCACUGCACCUACUAGUAUAGGGUUUCCUUUUUUACAUGACUGAAUCUUAUUCCUACAGAUUGUGUAUCUGGAUUAUUUUUUAUCCUUUCUAUAUAACCUUAGCAUAGCUAAAAUGUCAUUCUUUUCCACAAGAUGUUACUAAAUCAAUGUGUUCAAUACAGAAAGGAAAAAAGUAGGAAGUCUUUUGUCUAUUUAAUCAGUGUUGUGUUAUGUACGACUUGGGGAAAGAUCAUGCAACAUUUUAGGUCAAAGUAAUGUGGGACACAAAAUUCAGAUAAUUAUGAAAAGCUCACACACACUGCAUUUUUAUUAAUUAGUACAGAAUCUUUUAAUGACUUCCUUACGUGUUUUUAAUGUUUGUUCCCUUUUAUUUUUCCUUACUCCAGAUUGUUGGACCUUCCGAUGGGUCAAGUUAUAUUAUAGAUUACUACGGUGCAAGACUUGUUCGCCUGAGUAUUAAUAACGACACCUAUCGCAAAACUCAGAUAUACCCAUGA